AUGAAGGAGCUGCGCAAGAGCAUCCAACAGAAAGCCGAGGAGUACGAGUGGAAGGCCGCCGGCUAUGGGAACAAAGCCAGCGAAGUCGCCAAGGUGAUGAAGCUCGACGUGCGAGGCCUCGAAGGCCCUCGACUGACAGUGCAUCGCUGGAUAUCGUGGGCCGGCUUCGACUCCCUGAUUGGCGUCGUCAUCAUGGCCAACGCUGCGACGAUCGGCCUGGAGGCCCACUUCAACGCCUCUCUGCCAGUGGGUUGCACUGGGAGAUGUGUGUGCAGCGCCGACGUCGUCGACCCUUGUGAAGCGAUUCCCCUGUGGCUGGCCAACGCCGACUAUGCUUUCUUUGUGGUCUAUGUCGCAGAGUUUGCUAUGAGAUACUACGCCUAUGGCAGAGCUGUGUUGCGCAGCAACUGGGUGAAGUUCGAUCUCUUCCUGAUUCUGAGCAGCCUUGUAGACCUCACGCUGAAGCUGAUCAAUGUGCAGAACGAUCUACUGAACCAGGUCAGCUCCGACACCUAUGAAUAG